AUGCCUUCACAACGACCAUUUUUCCUCUCUUCUUUCCUCGCCGCCUUCCGUCCCCAAGGCCCCUCCAUCUCGACAACAUCCCAACAUCAACCAAACAAGCACGCCCGAGAUACAACAGCAACGACGACAUCCACCACAGCUGCCGCUGUAUCUUCAACGUCUACAACAUCGCCGUCUGCCUCAUCAUCACAUCACCACCAACAGCCUCAGCAACAGCCAACUGCUUCCAACGUAGCUAUUCGCCCUCCCCGCAAUACCGCCUCCUCCUCGUCACCAUCAACGUCCACCUCUCCCAGCCACGGCACCGCCAUUCCCAUCCCCGGAUCUUCUGCCCGGCGUGGGAGCGAUAGCAGCAGUGAAGGCUUUCGCGAUGUGAUAGGCGCCGAUAAGUGGUAUAUCGGCGGACGCACUCCUGGUGGUGAAGAGAAGUUCUUCAAGCUUGGCGUUAUUCGUCGUGUGAGAAGCAACGAUGGUCUAAGCUUGGAUCGCUUGAGUUUAUAA